AAAGCCACAGUCGUUCUUGCCUCCCUACCAUCAUGUCCAUUCUUAUCCAGAUACCUGUCUUCCUCUAUUUACUCUUGAACAUAUACGUCAGCAAUCAUUGACAUUUAUGGUCAAGAGGCCACUCGGAAAAUAUGUCAAAUUCGUGGUGCUUUGGCCAUCAAAAACAAUGACAAUAUCCACAGACAAUGCACAGCUAUAAAUGUCGCUGCUGGAUGCCUCUCGAGCUCUCUACUACUCUAUCGCCAUGUCCACCUCCUGCGUAUGCAGCAUCUGUCUCUCCGACUUUGUCGACCCCAUUUGCACGCCCUGUGGACAUGUUUACUGCUCGAAUUGCAUCGCACAGGCAACUAACAUUCUGCGUAAUGAGGGAUCAACCACAACCCCAUGCCCUGCCUGUCGCCAGCAGUUUUCCAUACGCCACGACCCCCUUUCACGCGACUUUCCCGAAUACUUCGGCUACCCUCCGGGGGCUGUACACGAAUGGAAUAUGGGUCAAUUUUGAG